UGCUGCGCGCAGGGGGCCGGCUCCCCGGGCCUGGGAGGAGGCGGUGGCGGCGGAGGUACCCGCGGCGGGAGGAGGAGCCGCCGCUGCCGCCGACGGCUUCUUGCUCCGCCGCCGCGCUGCCGGGAGGGCUGGCCGCGCCGCGCCCCCGCGAUGCCGCUCUUCGCCACCAACCCCUUCGACCAGGAUGUGGAGAAAGCAACCAGUGAGAUGAACACUGCAGAGGACUGGGGCCUCAUCUUAGACAUCUGUGAUAAAGUUGGACAGUCACGCACAGGGCCUAAGGACUGUCUGCGUUCUAUUAUGAAGAGAGUGAAUCAUAAAGAUCCUCAUGUUGCUAUGCAAGCCUUAACACUUCUAGGAGCAUGUGUAUCAAACUGUGGUAAAAUCUUUCAUUUAGAAGUCUGUUCAAGAGAUUUUGCCAGUGAAGUAAGCAAUGUGUUGAAUAAGGGUCAUCCAAAAGUUUGUGAAAAGCUGAAAGCCCUUAUGGUGGAAUGGACUGAUGAAUUCAAGAAUGAUCCACAGCUUAGUUUAAUAUCUGCUAUGAUAAAAAAUCUUAAGGAGCAAGGAGUUACUUUCCCAGCUAUUGGUUCACAGGCCGCUGAACAGGCAAAAGCAAGUCCAGCUCUGGUUGCCAAAGAUCCUGGUACAGUCGCCAACAAAAAGGAAGAGGAAGAUUUAGCUAAAGCUAUCGAACUGUCACUAAAAGAACAAAGGCAACAGCAAACAACACUUUCCAGUUUGUAUCCGAGCACCUCAAGCCUUUUAACAAAUCACAAGCAUGAGGGCCGCAAGGUUCGUGCAAUCUAUGAUUUUGAGGCUGCAGAAGACAACGAGUUAACUUUUAAAGCUGGAGAACUUAUAACUAUCCUUGAUGACAGUGAUCCAAAUUGGUGGAAAGGUGAAACUCAUCAAGGUAUAGGAUUGUUUCCAUCUAAUUUUGUAACAGCUGAUCUUUCUGCUGAGCCAGAAAUGAUGAAAGCUGAGAAGAAAACAGUGCAGUUCAGUGAUGAAGUUCAAGUAGAAACAAUAGAACCUGAGCCUGAACCAGUUUACAUUGAUGAAGAUAAAAUGGACCAACUCUUGCAGAUGCUACAAAGUGCAGAUCCGUCUGAUGACCAGCCAGACCUCCCAGAAUUGCUUCAUCUUGAGGCCAUGUGCCACCAGAUGGGACCUCUCAUAGAUGAAAAGUUGGAAGAUAUAGACAGGAAGCAUUCAGAACUUUCAGAGCUCAAUGUUAAAGCAAUGGAGGCUCUUUCCUUGUAUAACAAAUUGAUGAAUGAAGACCCUAUGUAUUCCAUGUAUGCAAAACUACAAAACCAACAGUAUUACAUGCAGUCGUCUGGGGUUUCUGGCUCUCAGGUUUAUCCGGGACAACCUCAAAGCAACGCGUAUUUGGUGGCAGGGAGUGCACAGAUGGGCCCUAUUCAAGGCUACAACCUUCCUCCGGAGCAGCUCCCUUCUCUCAGCCAAGGCACCGUGACACCAUCUGCCAGCUCAGUACUGCCUGCUCAGCCUGCACAGACGUCUUACACAAAUGCAAUGGUUGGCUCUGUUGCUGGAAAUACUUACUCUAGCCAGGCUCCAGUGUAUAGUCCGCCACCCGCUACUGUUGAUGUUGCUGCUUAUCAGAAUGCUGGAACUAGUAUGUCCCAGGUGCCAAACUAUAACUUAGCGUCCCCAGCUCUGCCGCAGACAGCGGGCAGUCAACAGCCACCUCCACAGCAACCACAGCCUGCGCCACCUCCACAGCCACAGCAUAGUUACUCACAGAAGGCUCUGCUAUAGGAUCCAGGACUUCUGAUUCCUAAUCUUCUCUAACCUCUGCUAAAGGCAGUUGGCAAUUCUAUGAGUUUCUUCCUUUAAUCUCUUAAACUUCGUUUAUCCUCAGCUUAAUAAGAAUCUAUCUUGGUGAACAAGUUCAAUUUGCACUGACUUUUUAGGAUUUUUUUUUUAAUUUUGCAGAGGAACGGAUAUAUUUAGGACAUUUACUUCCUUUUAAAAUGCCUAAAAAUUGGUACAAGAUUAUUUAUGUCUGGUAAAAUUGGCUAGUCUGUGAAAACCCAACACUUGCAAACUGUUGUGGCAUAUAUGUUAUGUACAUAUAGUGUGUGAUUGCAAUAGUGGCCAUUUCGUAUAGCUAUGGUGAUCAUGUGAAUAUAUUUAACACAAUGUUUAAAAAUAAUUUACUGUUUUAUUUUAAUCAUGAACUGACAACAAUGUCUCAUAGUUUUGUCUAGCUUUAUGACAGAUGUGAUAUCUCUUUCCAAUGCAGGAAAGGCAGUAAUUCUGCAUAUCAUGGUUACACUUACAAGCUAAGGUCUACAUAUGAAUUUACAAACUUACCUGAGUCUAGGUUUCAUUGCUUCUUGAAUUGAACACAAGUGUAUCAUGACUAUUAGAUGGCUUAUCUACCAAAGUAAACUAGUUAACUAGUAAGUGAUUUGGGGGCAUAACAGCAAAUUAUGAUUCUGCUUCAGAUAUGAUUAAUGACUUAAAACUACUAUUCAGAGGCUGCUAAACAUAUCAUGGGACCAUGCAACAGGAUCUUGCAUUUUAUCAUGUGGAGCAUGUAAUUUAUUUUUUCCAAGUUGUUUAUUACAAUGAGAACCAGAACUGUAUUCUACAUAUGUUGGUAGAGAUUACACCAAAGACAGAGGAAUUGAGUUGGAAGAGAAACGGUGGAGUUUUAAACUGGAACACACAGCACCAAUAACACUACUUUAUUCAAGUCUUCUUAAUUAGAACAUGGAGAAUUACGGACAUUUAAAUCACUUUGCUGAACAAACCUUCAGGGCUUUAUUUUCUCUCUUGUGGCCUUGCUUAGCAAUUUGUUGUAUUUACUAUUCUUACACAAACACUUCUGCCUUAAACAUCUGUUUCAAUUUCCAGUCAUACCAUUUGAUUUUAUUAGCCCUUCUAUAGUAUGAAUAGUUUGAGGCAUCUUAUUUACAUUCACUUUCAGGUUACUUUGAAUUCUCCUGCAGCAACCUGCAUGAGCCUUUUUUAAAUGCUGGCAUUUCUCGGUAAUUAGCCAGGUGGCUCUUGAAGGCGUGAUGUUUUGUUUUGGUGUUUGUUUGUUUGUUUGGUAGUAGAAGGCAGCAUUUUGGGUAGGCCUGAACAGUUUCUUGUACAGAGGCUGUUGUUAUUUUGCAUUUGUAUUCCAUCCAUUAGUGCAUCCUGUUUUCCUCUUCUCUUUUCCAGCGACUCUAAUUCCAAUUAGAGCAAUACUAGAUGGCUUAAAAACCAGAUCUGUGUUUUCAGUCUUGUUAGUGUGUAUGUCAGAAAUGGUUCACUUUUGUGUACUAUAUUUUUGUGUGAUGCUUCUGGAAUUAAAUGUUGCAAUUGUACAUUAUACUAUAAGCUGACCUCAGUUAUCCCAUAGACUCCCGUGUCUGUUCACGGUUACCUAACAUGCCUUUGUUUCACUGUUUUAGUAGACACUGGUGUUUUGCCUGUUAAUGCUUUCGUAUGACUAUUGUGCAUAACUUCUAACUGGGGUGGUUACAAAAUGUGCCCAUAGCUGAUGCUUUUCCAGUUGGGGAUGCUCUAGCCAGAUGGAGCUGUUUUGAUAGUAGUAUUUUUGCUUAUUUUUUUUUCUUCAUAAUUCUUAAGCACCCUCACAAACUGUCACUAAUUCAGUACUUGGUGUCAUCACAAAGUCUGUGGAAUCUGGAAGGAGAUAUUAAAAAAACAAAAAACCAAUAUGUUGUGUCAUAGGUAAUUUUCGAUAGAUUGAAGAGGUGAUUUUCUUCAGGAGGUUCAUGUAAUAUCAUUUAGAUAGUGUUCUCUGUAUGCUUUAAGUACCUUAUUCCAUAAUCAGAGAAACAAUAUGUACAGAACUGUGUAAUUUCUACAUAAAAGUGAAAAUAACUUUUUACUCCAUAGUUCUUAGGCCCAGAUUCAAUGAGAAGCUUGAAGCAUCAAAAAUAGUCCAACUGACAUUGAUUAUUUGUAUUCUUAGGUUUUCAUAUGUUGUAUCACAUGUUCCCUCAUAAGGGCCUAUGGAAACUCUGUACAGAAAUGGCUCAGCAAAAAUACGUUUUGGUACUAAUUUAUUGUUUUUAAAAUUUUUGGUCUUUUUUCCUCAACAUACAGAAAUGCUUGUUCCUGAUUUCUCGUUUGAACACUGAAAACUUGUGUGUAUCUCAAGUUGUUUUGCUUUCCAGCUUACUUAUUUUGGGUAUGUAUCCGUCUUUAAGAAAAGGGAAAUCACCUUUCAUUUGUGUUCAAGAUGAACAAAAACCACUUUCUAAAAUGCAAUGUGACUAUAAAUUCAGCAUAAGAAAAAUUGUGAAAAAAAUUUUGUUUUUCCUCAUGCCUUUGCAAGAGUCACCGCUUCAUGGUAUCUCCUGUAACAAAUGGUGGAUUUUAGUUGACUUAGAAUCAGUUUUCAUUGUCCACAGUUGGUGCAGCAGGUCACUAGAUCUUUAGGUUUGGAGUCUUAGUGUUUCUGUUGCAUCCUACAUUUUCAAUUUCAGUUGCGUUUUUCAGAUUAGAUUGCAUUUGGAGCUAUAUUGCUUCCUGUUGAUUUUUCUCAUCAGAAAAGCUUAUUUCGUCUUCUUGCUUGGUUAUGUCCCAUAUGCUGGAUACCCUAAAGUGAUGCCUCCUCCUACCUUGCUGGGUGCUGCCAUUGCACUAGUUCCUUCAGCCAUCCUCUCGUAUCCUUGCUGCUAAUGCAGCGAGUCCUUUUCAGUUCACCUCUGUCUCCUGGAGAUGCCGUUGCUGGGGCUUCUCUGCUGUGGUUUAUUCUGAGGAUUCCUUCUUUAUUCAUCAUUCUGACCAAGUUCACAAAUGUUCUGUCUUACUAUGGUAUUGAACGCUGAAAUAAGGGUGUGAGGGGGAAAGAACAUAUACAGCUACUGUAUGGAAAAGGUUUUUAGUAAAUAAAUGUCAGAAAGUUAAUCUAUCUGAAAGUUAAGAAUGCAUGGAAAUGAUAUGUUAAUCAUGUUCCAGAGGAGACCUAAUUUUUGACUGUCUUGUUUUUUUACAUGUAAGUUGUCAGUGAAAGGCUAAAAUGCCUUCACAGUGUUUUGUACGAGCCUUUGUUAUUUAACCCUUUCAUUAAGGAAUACAAAAAUGUUAAUUAACGUCAGAAAGGAUAUUUUAGUGGCUUGGUUAUAAUGAACUGGAGCAAACUCUGGAAAGUGCCUUCUGUGCAUUUCAUUUCUAUAAACAAAGCUUGUUUACCCAUGUGUAUCAUCUCAAUUUAUGUGGGCAUAAGAUGUCAAGAUUCACUGUAAGCAUCCCAGGAAAAUCCCGAGGCAGCGUGUUAACAUUUGCUACAUGGAUGUCGUGGCGGGAUGUCCCAGAGCGCGCACUUGCAGGAACAGUUGAAGCAUAUAUACCCAUCCCGUUCAGUGGCCGGUACCCACGUACACGUGUAUUUAAUGUCCCAGGCCAAGUACCUACAGACAGCAGUAACACAACAAUAAAAAGGAACAAAAUAUAAGAAUUACUGCAUGCUUCUCAGCAGGUGUGGAGCAGCAUAUUGCCCUCAUGGUACAGUUAAUUAUUUUUGGGGGGGGGUGAAGGGGAGUACAGGGCGGGGUUGGGGUGGGCACUGAAAUGAAUUUGAGUCACCUGAACUUCAGAAAAUUCAGCCAGCAACCAAAAUGCUUAGAUGUAACAAAGGAGAUGGGUUUGCUUUUAAUGGCAUGUACAUCUUUUGCCGAUCAAAUCCAGGCUGCUAUUGUAGUUCUCUGUUUUCAUCUAGAUGGCAGGAACAUCAGGUUUACACUGGAGAACUGCUUAAUACCUCAUUCUCCAAUUUGCUGUAGUAUUUUCUCUAGUAUCACCUUAUUUUUCACUCAUAUUUCAAAGAUACCUGUGCAGUCUAUACAUACAAAGAUCUUACGUUAUUCCCUGUCUGCUGGGUUUCAGAGGAAGAAUGAACACCUCUAAUUACAGCAGCUACCAUGGCACUUUGCAUGACUAACUGCAGCUUCCUUUGGAGAAGAUGCGUGUAUCUGUUUUGAAGAACAAGGGAGCAUAAUUUUUCCAGUUAAAAAUUAGGAGGAGGGUUUGGUUUUUUAAAAAGAAAAAGGUAAAGUAGAAGUUACAAAAACCUCCGUUGCUAACCGUGGGCAGAAUCAUUUUUUCCUCUGUUAUUCAAUCUUAGUAAAGCAAACCAACUCCAUGCGACAGAUACUCCUUUUUCAUUUUUGGCUGCAUUGAAAAAUAUUAACCUUUAUGUGUAUACUGUCCAACACCAUAGUAAAAAACGGGAAGGCCUUGACAUUUGAACUUUUUGCUUCAGUGUGUGAAAAACACUAUGUAUGUUUUUGAAGCCUUGUUUCUUAAAUUAGAGUGUUUGUGUAUAAAAACAUUCCAUUUGCUACUAUGUAAAAUUGCAGAUCUAAAGUUCACUUUUCAUGCUGCUACCUUGGCAGAAAGGUGGUAGGAUUUUCUGUUCUUCUAUCCCUGCAUGUGCUUCUGGAAAUCCAAAUAAUUUUGUCUUUGUCAUGAAAAAGAAAAGAAGCCUGCGGCAGUCUGCUUUGGUUUGAAUAAAGUGUACACAGUAGCCAAGUGCAUUUUGGGUUUUGUUUUGAUUCUCCCUUUGAUGUUGGCAUAUGUAUAUAUUUAGAUACACUGCACUGUUGUACAAGAAUUGUUUUAGUAAAUAACACUAUUUGUAAAAACUGUUAACUGUUUUUGGUAUGAAUGCAAAAUAUUAAAGUUGGAGUAUUUAGUUCAA